UUUGACGCCAGUCUCCAACGCAUUACUUCAGUGAUUACUAUCCUCAGCCUCUUGUUAUAUCUAGACCACUUCGCCCGUUGAGAAAACGACUCCUUUCUCUUCAUACCAUUUCAACAUACAAUACAAUACAAUAAUAACACAUCCACUUAUAUACUUCACAUCAUAUCGCAUCAGCAUCUCUUCAACUUAUAUAUCCAUCAACAACCAUGUCUAUCCUCGGUUCCAUCAAGCGUGCUCGCGAUCACAAGGAGACCGCCAAGGCCAAAGAAGUAGAGCAACCCAAGGCAACAAAACCCACACCGAGAUAUCGCCAUGUUCCCACACACGCAGCAUGCGAUUCAGUCAACGUCGGUCCAGCUGGUGCCCGUCAUCACGACCGCUCCAAGGUUCGCGCUGAGAACCGCAAGCGAACGGCAAAAGCGGUUGCUGAUGCCAUGCACGACAAUCACCACAUCCAGAUGAACUUCCCCGGCUCAUCAACGGCGUCUCCCUUCACCAGUGGUAGCUGCAGCACUACCUAUCAACCGAGCGAGACUGACUACGAUGGAGACAUCAGCCCUAGAAGUCACUCUCCUGUGCAUCACUUUGAGCCUGCGCACAUCUAUGAGUACUCCCCUGCGCCAACUUUCCAUCAUCCCAUUUCUCUCAAGGGCAAGGAAGUUGUCCGAGGUCCUCAGUAUGGCUUGGCCUACACUGUAUCCCCUGACCCCCGGGAUCGGCUCGCUGAGCGUUUCCAGACUGGUGUCAUGAUCUAAGCUUGUACUUGAUGAGAUUUCUGCCCCUGGAGGGCGAUUUCUCAGACAUGAUCACGAGCUACAAA